UCGAGCGCGCCGAGGACAGCUUUCCAAGCAGGGCCCCCACUUCCGGGGGGGGGGUCCAGGAGCUGAAGGAUGCGCUGAACGAGACGGUCGUCUCGCUGCGGCAGGAGAUGCGGGACCUGAAACGGGCGGCGAGUCCCGCGGGGGCCCCGCUUUCCCAAGCCGGGACUGCAUCGCUCAUCAGUUGGGAGGAGGGGGCCCCCUGUCAGCAGAGGAAGCUGGGAAUGUUGGAGGGGAACGUCCCCUGGGAAGCUGCGGAGAACAAGUACCUGAUUGCGGGGUGCCACAUUGGGGGGUUCUCAAACCGGAUGGUGUGUCUUCAAAAGAGCAUGAACCUUGCGGUCGCGCUCAAGAGAACGCUCGUCAUUGCGCCGUGGACGCAGCUGGAGGAGAGCAGCGGGGGGGACAAUGUGCAGGUGGAUCUAGACCCCGCCGACGUGUUGGAUUUGAGGCUGGCCAACUAUUGCACGGGGGAAGCGCAGAGCUUGUCGUGGGCAGACUUCCAGCAGGUUAACCAAGGGUUAACGGUCCAGGGUUUGUGUGUGUACCACAUUGACGAGAAGCAGCGGUGUGUGGGGGGAAUGCAGCUGGGAAAGGAUAUGCUGCAUGCAGAGUUUGGUGCGAUCGACGUGCUGGGGAGUGACGUCACAGACGUCCAGACUGCGCUCAACUUCUCUGCGGACGUCCUGUGGGUGUCAGAAGCAACCCACCUUAGCACUCUCUGGCAAUACAACCCCAGCGUCAAGUGCAAUCUGGUGAACGAGGUCCUGCAACCCAGCGGGACCAUCCGCUUGGCCGCCAAGAAGUAUAUCCUAUCAGCGCUGGGGAGCGAAUAUGCGGCAGUCCACCUCCGCAGGGGGGAUUUCCUGGACUACGUCAAACUCACGGGGGACCAGAGCAAAUUCACACGCAUCAACACCUCCCCCGACGAGCGCUACGUCACCAUCCCGAUCCCCCAGGUCGCCGAGUGCCUCAUCGCGGGGCUGCGCGGUAGUGGCAUCCGCACCCUUUUCAUGGCGACCAACGCGCCCAGUUCCGAGAUGGAGCAGCUGACGUCACUCCUGGCGAUGGCUGGCAUCCAGACGGUGCGCCUCCCGGGGAUGGACGAUUGGGGCCAGUACCGCUGGGCCAAGUCCUUACCGACCACUAACCAGGUGCAAGCGCUGCUCGAGAAGUUCAUCUGCGCGUCAUCGACGGUGUUCAUCAGCAGCCACGGGUCCAUCUUCUCGGAGAAUAUCGCCAACAUGCGCUGGGCCUGGCAGAUGCAGGGCUGCCACGACCACGAACUGUGCACCAACCGGUCGCCAUUAAUCGCCCGGAAAUGA